GACUUUUACAGUGAUGCGGGGGUCGGAUAAAAUAUCGCAGUCAGUUAAUCCAAGUUUUUGUCGGACUAAUUUUAAAAAUGUAAUAUUGAUUUCUUGGAGCUCGUGGGGAAAACAAUUUUAAUAUUCCCAUUAUUUUGUCCAUCAGCUGUUCUCGGUUCUAGUUGGUGUAAUCGCGAGAUGUGACGCAGAGCGGCGGAGUGCGUAACUGACACAGAGCCAAGACCGGAGUUCCUCACUGCUGAUGGUACCGGGCGGAGGAGAACCAGGAGCAGAAGGAGUCAGCAGUGGCAGGGGACUGAUGGUUCCGACUUAGUCUCGUAGAUUUAGUAGUUUUACGUUUACCGUUGGAUCCUUACAUAUCCAGAAAAAAAGAGAAAGGGAAAAAAAUACGUGAAGAUGGCGGCCGCGGCCUCGCCGGGCUCCGGUUCGUCGCCGGGCUCCGGCUUGUGUGCCUCCUCGGACUGGAUUGUGGUGAGAGAUGGCUGCCUGCGCUGCGACGAGGAGGGCCUGCGGAGCCUCUCCUACCACCCGGCCCUUAACGCUAUUUUAGCCGUCACCAGCCGGGGCAGCAUCAAAGUCAUAGACGGCACUUCUGGGGCCACACUCCAGUCUUCGGCGCUGCAGGCUAAGCCCGGUGGUCGUGUCAGGUGUCAGUACUUUCCUGCAGUGGACAAGGUGCUUUUUGUGGACGACUAUGCUGUAGGAUGCAGGAAGGACCUUAACGGCAUCCUGCUCCUGGACACGGCUCUGCAGCCUCCCGUUGCCAAACCGGAGGACAUGGUUCAGCUGGAGCUGCCGGUCACAGAGGCUCAGCAGAUGCUGUCAGCUUGUCAGGAGAAGAUCGACGUCUCCAACAUGGAGGGCUACCAACUUUUUAUCAGCCAGCUGAAAGAAGGCCUGAAGAAUACCUCACACGAGACCGCCGCCAAUCACAAAGUGGCUAAGUGGGCAACCGUGACCUUUCACCUCCCCCACCAUGUGUUGAAGCUCGUGGCUGGCACCAUCGUCAGCGAACUCAAGAAGAUAAACCAGAACGUCGCUGCCAUGUCUGUGGCCUCCUCCAUCAUGGACAGGCUGUCCUACCUCUUGUCCAGCGCGAGACCUGAGCUCGGGGUGGGUCCCGGGCGCUCCGUAGACAGAUCCCUGAUGUACAGCGAGGCCAACCGGCGGGAGACGUUCACAUCAUGGCCGCACGCCGGGUACAGGUGGGCUCAGCCCGACCCGAUGGCUCAAGCAGGAUUUUACCACCAGCCGGCCUCGACAGGAGACGACAGAGCCAUGUGUUUCACCUGCAGCGUGUGUUUGGUGUGUUGGGAACCUACAGACGAGCCCUGGUCGGAGCAUGAGCGACAUUCACCCAAUUGUCCGUUUGUGAAGGGAGAGCAUACACAGAACGUCCCCCUGUCAGUUACCCUAGCAACAAGCCCCGCCCAGUUUCCCAGCAGUCCCGACAGCUCAGAUAAAAUUGCCUGCUACGGGUUCGGUAGCUGCCCACAGUUCUUGGCUGCCGCCACCAAGAGGGGAAAGAUCUGCAUCUGGGAUGUCUCCAAGAUGAUGAAGGUGCACCUGAAGUUUGACAUCAACCCGUACGAUCCGGCCAUCCUCCGACAGCUGAUCCUGUGCAGCGGGGAGCAGGUUCUGACAGAGUCUCGGAGACCAACUGUGACCUGGUUGGAGGAGUCGUCGUCCUGCUCCGACCUGCCCAAGCUAGAGGGGGACAGCGACGACCAGCUGGAGGACUCGGACAGCGAAGAGCAUUCCCGGUCAGAAUCCGUAACAGGCCAGCCGUCCCAGUGGGAGAGCAUGGACCUGAGCCUUGGGGUGACGGCGCUGAGCGUGCUCCAGCAGCCCGAGAACCUCCAGUGGGAGGUGGUGGCAAGUGUCCUGGAGGACACCGUGAAAGAUUUGGAGGAACUGGGUGCAAACCCCUCGUUGAACCAAACCAAGACCCACAGCCAGGCUAAAAGUAAAGACAAGCUGCCUGAGCACCACAACAUUCCCUUUCCCUGCCUGUUGGCUGGAGGUCUCCUCAGCUACUGCUCAGCAUCCAGCACCCCCAUAGCGGUUCCCCCUACAUCAGCCCUACCUUCAACACGGAGGACCACACAGGGUCCACACAGGACUCAGGGCCCUGAGCCUUUUUCUGGGCCUCUACAGGAACAAGGUUCCAUGGAAAUAGAUGCUUGCAAUCCCCAGACUGCCCCCCAGGAGCCGAUGUUUUCUAAUCAGUCAGGGUCUCAGCUUCCCAGCCCCUCCUCUCUGUCGGCUCUGCGCAGGACUAUACCGGUGCUGCUGCUGUACAGCAUCAGGGAGGUGGACGACAAGUCCUCAGGACAGGUGUUUGCCCAGAUGAACAACCUAAUGAGCAAGGGGCUCCACGAGGAGGGCUUCACCGUGCCACAGAUCAUCGAGAUGGAGUUUGAUACGCACGAGCAGCUGCUGCUUCAGGACCCGCCCAUCACCUACAUCCAGCAGUUUGCUGACGCAGCCACUAACCUGGCAGGUUUGGACGGUCACGUGGACAAAUGGAGCACGUUGGGUGCAGCAACCGUCUCCACCCCGCCUCGACCCGGAGCACUAGUGCAGUGUUUACGGCUGCCCAAGCAGCUGGAGGAGGAGAGCCUGUAUGUGGACUCCAUCACGCCGUGCUGGGACGGCGUCCACCUGCUGGUCUGCCUGCAGCCUUGUGGCUCAGAGUCUCUCAGCGCCACCAACCAGGUGGAGGCGCUCAACAAUCUGAACCGUCUGCACUCGGCCCUGUGCAGCCAGCGCAAAGGAGACCCUCUCCACCCGGUGGCCAACGGAGUGGAAAGCCUUCAUCCUGGGGGGUCCCCCCCUCAGACCCCCCUCAUUUUACCCCCAGGAGAGCCGCUGCAGCAGAGGACUCAGAGCCGGGGCAGUGGGGGGGGCUAUCUUGCACUCUACAAACUCAACUACUCCACCCAUAUAGUCACUUUAGAAGAGGAGCCAAUCAAGGUGCAGCAGAUCAGGGACCCUUGUGAUGCCAUCACCUCUCUCAUAUUACUUCCUCCAGACGUGCUCGACAGCAGAGAGGAUGAGAGUGAGGAGGCCUCUGAGGAGGCGCUCCCCUCAGCUCCAAAAAAUGGUUCCUGUGGGCCUGAAACGGGUCCAGCAAGUCCUGCUGGCUCUGGGACUGCAUACAGAGCAGCCACCAGCAGCAGUGCUACGGUCACCAGUCCUUCCACCUCUGCCUCCUGCUAUAAAGAGUGCAAACGGGCAGAGAUGGCAGGCCUGGGCCACCUGGUGGUCACCACCCAAACUGGACACAUAAUGAUCCUGGACCUGUCCACGUUGGAGGUCCUGGCCAAGGUAGAGCCCCCUAAAAGGGACGGGUUAGCUGAAGAACCCGACCCAUUUGUCUCGGUUACCUACUGCUCUGGGACCGACCGCCUCUGUGCCUGCACUAAAGGUGGAGAACUUCAUUUCCUUCAAAUUGGAGGUGUGUGUGAUGAUGUAGAUGAUGGAGACAUGUUUAUUGAUGGCCCCCUUUCUAAAGGGUCUGAACCGCUUCUGGAGGGCACCAAGCCUUCCUCCAACCCAUCUAGUCCUGGAAUCACAGGAGUGGACCUCCUGGUGGACCAAACUCAGACCACAGAGAGUCUGAUGUCUUUGGUGGAGUUGACCCGCUUCGAGACGCUGACGCCUCGUUUCUCAGCCACCGUGCCUCCGUGCUGGGUGGAGGUGCAGCAGGAGCAGCAGCAGCGGCGCCACCCGCAGCACCUUCACCAGCAGCAUCACGGAGAUGCAGCCCAACACACGCGAACGUGGAAGCUCCAGAGUUACAGCUCCAGCUGGGACGAGCAUGUGUUUGAGCUGGUGCUCCCUAAAGCCUGCAUGGUCGGCCACGUGGACUUCAAGUUCGUCCUGAACACCAACAUCGUCAACAUUCCUCAGAUUCAGGUCACUCUGCUGAAGAACAAAGCGCCCGGGCUGGGCAAAGUCAGCGAGACAGCAGUGGACAGACAGAUUUCAUUUCCUCUUUCAAACGUCCUCCAUGCCAACGGCGAGAAGAACGGUCCGCCUCUGCUACAGGACUUCAGCGAGGACAUUCAGUUCAUGGACAUCGAGGAGACAUCAGGUUCUGUGUUGUGUCCGUUUCUGGAGGACCACAAGGAGGACAUCCUGUGUGGUCCAGUGUGGUUAGCCAGUGGGCUGGACCUCUCUGGUCACUCUGGGAUGCUCAGCCUCACCAGUCCCAAACUGGUCAAAGGCAUGGCAGGAGGAAAGUAUCGCUCCUUCCUGGUUCACAUCAAAGCAGUGAGCGAUAACGGCAUGGAGGAAGGCCCGAGGCCCGUGGUGAGAAUGCCCAGUGCAAAGCCCCAGAGCUCCAAAGCUCACUCCCUGUCCUCCCUGCUGCAGCAGGCUCAGGCCUCCAAGGAGAGGGUUUCUCCUGGAAAAAUGGAGAACUCGUCACAGUCCAAGAAAGUUGAGAACCUACGAGGGUGUGACCAGCUGCAGGAAGUUUCAGUCACAAUCAGAAGGUUCAAGAAAACAUCGGUACCCAAAGAAAGGGUCCAGCGCUGUGCCAUGCUGCAGUUCCCAGACUUCCAUGAGAAGCUGCUGGAUGCUCUGUGUCAGCAGGCGGAGGGCAUCCCUGCCACCGAGCACGCCCAAAGCCUCACUCUGGACAUCCUGUGCUGGCUCGCUGGCGUUUUCUCUAACGGACCCUGCAGCAUCAGAGAAGGAAAGGAGGGUCUGCUGGCCAAAACUCGGAUCAGGUUAACCAACAUCGUGCGGGUUUGUUUCUUUGAAGCGGGUCGCAGCAUCGCACACAAAUGUGCCCGCUUUCUUGCACUUUGUAUUAGCAAUGGCAAAGGAGACCAAAGUCAACAGGGUUUUGGUGUGAGCCUUCUGAAGGCUCUGCUAGAUAACAUGCCUUACUUACCUGCAGCAGCCACAGGUGGUUCUAUGUUCUGGUACUUUGUGCUGCUAAACUACGUGAAGGAGGAGGAUCUGGCAGGUUGCAGCACAGCGUGCGCUUCCUUACUCACCGCCAUCUCUCGCCAGCUGCAGGACCGCCUCACCCCACUGGAGGCGCUGCUGCAAACUCGGUACGGUCUGUACAGCUCUCCGUUUGACCCCGUGCUCUUUGACCUGGAGGUCAGUGGUUCUUCCUGUAAAAAUGCCUUCAGCGGCAGCAUCGGAGUCCAGUCAGACGAGAUCGACCUGUCGGACAUCCUCUCAGGAAACGGGAAAGUGAGCAGCUGUGCAGCAGCAGAGGGCAGCUUCACCGCACUGACUGGACUGCUGGAAGUGGAGCCUUUGCACUUUACUUGUAUCUCCACCAGUGACGGCACACGGGUGGAGCGGGACGAUGCCAGCAUGUUCACUGUGAGUACGUUUGGAGUGACCCCGAACGUGGGCGGCCUGUCCACCGGGACGGUCGGAGAAGCUUCCACAGCUCUGAGUUCUGCUGCUCAGGUGGCUCUUCAGUCGCUGUCCCACGCCAUGGUGUCAGCAGAGCAGCAGCUGCAGGUCCUGCAGGAGAAGCAGCAGCAGCUGCUGAAGCUGCAGCAGCAGAAAGCGAAGCUGGAGGCCAAACUGCACCAGACCACCUCUGCAGCUGCUGCUGUUGCCUCAGGGGUUGGACCCAUGCACAACUCUGUGCCUUCAAACCCCUCAUCCGCUCCGGGCUUCUUCAUCCACCCCUCUGAUGUCAUCCCACCUACACCUAAAACCACGCCCCUCUUCAUGACCCCUCCCCUCACCCCGCCCAACGAGGCGGUGUCUGCUGCCAUCGGCUCGGAGCUGGCGCACCUGUUCACCGGUUCCAUGAUGGAUACUGGACCCGUCAACCUGGCUGCACAUAAGAACGCCCAGAAAGCCAAACCGAGCCCCGUGGGCAGUGGUCUGGCUCUGGCCAUCUCCCAGGCAUCGCACUUCCUGCAGCCUCCUCCGCACCAGUCCAUCAUCAUAGAGCGGAUGCAUUCAGGAGCUCGUCGCUUCGUCACUCUGGACUUCGGCCGACCCGUGCUGCUGACGGACGCUCUGAUCCCGACCUGUGGAGACCUGGCCUCCCUAUCCAUAGACAUCUGGACGCUGGGCGAGGAGGUGGAUGGCCGCCGGCUGGUAGUGGCCACUGACAUCAGCACCCACUCACUCGUCCUCCACGACUUGCUGCCACCGCCAGUGUGCAGGUUCAUGAAGAUUACGGUGAUUGGGCGCUACGGCAGCACCAGCGCACGAGCCAAGAUUCCCCUGGGCUUCUACUAUGGCCACACCUACAUCCUCCCAUGGGAGAGCGAACUUAAACUCAUGCAUGAUCCUCUGAGAGGAGAGAGCGAAGCUGCUAGUCAGCCAGAUGUGGACCAGCAUCUGACCAUGAUGGUAGCUCUACAGGAGGACAUUCAGUGCAGGUACAAUCUAGCGUGCCACCGUUUGGAAACGCUUCUUCAGAACAUCGACUUGCCGCCUCUUAACAGCGCCAACAACGCCCAGUACUUCCUACGAAAGCCAGACAAGGUGGUGGAGGAGGACCAGCGGGUGUUCUCAGCCUAUCAGGACUGCAUCCAGCUGCAGCUGCAGCUGAACCUGGCUCACCACGCCGUCCAGCGGCUGCGUGUGUCUCUGGGCGCCAGCCGCAAGGCUCUGCCGACAGCGGGCGACCCGGAGGCUGAAGAGCUGGUCCACAACUCCUCCACAGAGCAGCUGAGGACCAUCAUCCGUUACCUUCUGGACACGCUGCUCAGCCUGCUGCACUCCAACAAUGGACACUCUGUGCCUUCGGUGCUCCAAAGUACCUUUCACGCUGAAGCCUGUGAGGAGCUUUUCAAGCACCUUUGCAUCAGCGGAACACCUAAAAUCCGUCUUCACGCUGGCCUGCUGCUGGUGCAGCUGUGUGGAGGAGAACGCUGGUGGGGCCAGUUCCUCUCCAACGUUCUGCAGGAACUCUACAACUCUGAACAGCUGCUUAUUUUCCCCCAGGACAGGGUCUUCAUGCUUCUGUCCUGCAUCGGCCAAAGAUCUCUGAGUAACAGCGGCGUGUUGGAGGGUCUCCUAAACCUCCUGGACAGUCUGCUGUCUCCACUGCAGCAGCCACAAGCCAUGUCCCAACGCAGGACUGAAGGUAUUUUGGACAUUCCUAUGAUCAGCUGGGUGGUGAUGCUGGUUUCCAGACUGUUGGACUGCGUGGCCAGUAUAGAAGACGAAGCUUCUGGGAACAAGAAGAACCUUGGAGGGAAGGAACGGGAGAGGCCCGUAACAGGGAUCCAGUGGAGUUUCAUCAACAACAGCCUUCAGUCUCAGAACACCAGCAGGUCCGCUAAAGGCAGCAGCAGCCUGGACCGGCUCUACUCACGCAAGCUCCGCAAGCAGCUCGUCCACCACAAGCAGCAGUUAAAUCUAUUGAAAGCAAAACAGAAAGCUUUGGUUGAGCAGAUCGAGAAGGAGAAGAUCCAGAGUAACAAAGGCUCUUCCUACAAACUGCUGGUGGAACAGGCCAAACUCAAGCAAGCCACGUCCAAGCACUUUAAAGACCUGAUCCGUCUGCGGCGGACCGCCGAAUGGCCUCGCUCCACGUUGGAUGCCGAGUCCACAACAGCCAAAGAAGCCCCAGAAGUGGAGCCUUUGCCCUUCACCCUUUGCCACGAACGCUGCAUCUCUGUGGUGCAGAAGCUCGCCCUCUUCCUGCUCUCCAUGGACUUCACCUGCCACGCCGAUCUGCUGCUUUUUGUCUGCAAGGUGCUCGCUAGGAUCGCCAACGCAACACGACCCACAAUCCACCUGUGUGAGGCGGUGUCUGAGCAGCAGCUGGAGCGCCUCCUGCUGCUGCUGGUGGGGACGGACUUUAAUCGUGGAGACAUCUCCUGGGGGGGAGCUUGGGCACAGUACUCCCUCACCUGUAUGCUGCAGGACAUCCUGGCAGGUGAGCUGCUGACUCCGAGCUCUCUGGACGCCAUGGAUGAGGUGGUGGUCGUAGGUGACGAGGUCGGAGCGUCAUCGUCCUCGGCUGCAGCAGAUUCCGACGACUCGCUGGUCCAGCCAUCCACCAUCCCGCUGUUGGAGAGCAUCGAUCUGGUGCCUGAUAUAAUCGCAGGUGCUCCGCCUCUGUCGUCUUUAGAAAAAGAUAAAGACUUGGACUUUGACCUGCUUCAGGACCUGAUGGACGUGGACAUCGAUCCUUUAGAUAUCGAUUUGGAGAAAGAUCCGCUCGCCGCCAAAGUGUUUAAGCCUAUCAGCAGCACCUGGUACGACUACUGGGGAGCAGACUACGGCACGUACGGAUACAACCCUUACAUCGGAGGUGUCGGAAUUCCAGUUUCCAAACCGUCUGUCGCUGUGGAGAAGCCUGGCUCUCAGAGUCUGUCUGUGUCCGUGUCUCAGGCGCUGGACGCCCGACUGGAAGUGGGCCUGGAGCAGCAAGCUGAGCUGAUGCUCAAGAUGAUGGCGACUCUCCAGGCCGACUCCAUCCUGCAGGCACUCGGUUCUACUACGUCCACUGUCAGCCAGCCCUCUAACGGGACCGACGACUCGCUGCUCCGAGCUCUCCACGGGGGAGGCUCUCCUCCCGUUGGCAGCCUGAUGGGCCAGCCCUCCUCAAUCCCCAUUCUGAGUGCCUGCUUCAACAAGCUGUUCUCCAUGCUGCAGGUCCAUCAUGUCCAGCUGGAGUCGCUGCUGCAGCUGUGGCUGACGCUCAGCCUCAACACCUGUUCUGGCGGCAGCGAGGAGAGCGGCUCGGAGAUCUUUCUGUUCAACGCUAGCCGAGUGCCGACCAUCCCGCUCAACCAGGCAUCCAUCAGCAGUUUCCUGUCUGUGCUGGCGUGGUACCCCAACACCUCCUUAAGGGCGUGGUGUCUGGUGCUGCACUCCCUUACUCUGAUGACCAACAUGCCAGCGUGUGCAUCCAGCAGCGGGAUGAGUUCUCAGGAAAGCUCCGCCCAGCAGAUGGUGUCCGACUCCAACCUGCUCCAUGUGCUGGUGCGCUUCCUGUCCAGCAGCAACACCAACGGUAUGAGCCAGCACAGCUCCCAGGUGGGACCCACAGCCACCCAGGCCAUGCAUGAGUUCCUCACCCGCCUGCAGGUCCACCUGUCCUCCACCUGUCCCCAGAUGUUCAGCGAGUUUCUGCUCAAACUCAUGCACAUCCUGUCUACGGAGAGAGGUCCGUUCCAGUCAGGCCAGGGUCCGCUGGACGCCCAGGUGAAACUGCUUGAGUUCACUCUAGAGCAGAACUUUGAGGUGGUGUCAGUGGCGACUAUCUCCUCCGUCAUCGAGUCCAUUACCUUCCUGGUUCACCACUACAUCACCUGUUCAGAUAAAGUGGUUUCCCGUAGCGGCUCAGACAGCUCGGUGGGCGCUCGGGCCUGCUUUGGGGGUCUGUUUGCAAACAUAAUUCGUCCAGGAGAUGCAAAAGCCGUCUGUGGAGAAACCACCCGUGACCAGCUGAUGUUCAACCUCCUGAAGCUGGUGAACGUGCUGGUGCAGCUGCCUCUGUCCGGAGACCGGGAGUUCAGCGGACGUCUGCCGCCGGUCGGCAGCGGAGCGGCUGAUAGCAGCGUGUCGGACGAGGAGAAGGUCUGCGGCAGCAAAGAGGGCAUUGCUGGUGGAUCCACCUCCAGUCAUGGUCCUGCUGCGGGUGUGGCUGACCUGGUGCUGGCCAAUCAGCAGAUCAUGAGCCAGAUCUUAUCAGCUUUGGGUCAGUGCAACAGCAGUGCCAUGGCUAUGAUCAUUGGAGCUAGCGGUCUCCACCUCACCAAACAUGAGAACUUCCAUGGUGGUCUGGAUGCCAUCUCCGUGGGGGACGGCCUCUUCACCAUCCUCACGACUCUGAGUAAGCGGGCCAGCUCGGUGCAGGUCAUGCUGCAGCCUAUCCUCACAUACAUGGCCUGUGGUUACAUGGGUCGACAGGGGUCUCUUUCUACCUGCCAGCUGUCGGAGCCGCUCCUGUGGUUCAUCCUCCGAGUGUUGGACACCAGCGAGGCCCUGAAGGCCUUCCAUGACAUGGGUGGUGUGCAGUUGAUUUGUAACAACAUGGUGACAAGUACCAGAGCCAUUGUAAACACAGCACGGAGUAUGGUGUCCACCAUCAUGAAGUUCUUGGAUUCAGGUCCUGGAAAGACGGCAGACGGGAGUCCUAAAUCCAGAGUGAUGACGUCAGAACCGGACAAUGCAGAAGGACUCCAUAACUUUGCUCCUUUAGGUACCAUCACCUCCAGCAGCCCCACGGCACAGCCAGCAGAGGUUCUCCUCCAGGCCACUCCCCCUCAUCGCCGUGCCCGCUCAGCAGCCUGGUCCUAUAUCUUCUUGCCAGAGGAGGCAUGGUGUGACCUCACCAUCCACCUUCCAGCCGCGGUGCUGCUGAAGGAAGUCCACAUCCAGCCUCACCUGGCUUCUCUAGCCACCUGUCCGUCCUCUGUGUCGGUGGAGAUCAGCGCAGAUGGAGUGAACAUGCUGCCGCUCUCCACGCCUGUCAUCACCAGCGGCUUAACGUACAUAAAGAUCCAGCUGGUGAAAGCGGAGGUGGCGUCUGCUGUCUGCCUGAGGCUGCAUCGCCCUAGAGAUGCCAGCACUCUGGGUCUCUCUCAGAUCAAACUCCUGGGUCUGACGGCGUUUGGGAACACCUCGUCUGCAACCGUCAACAACCCUUUCCUGCCCUCUGAGGACCAAGUUUCCAAAACCAGCAUCGGGUGGCUUCGUCUCCUCCACCACUGCCUCACCCACGUCGGUGACCUUGAGGCCAUGAUGGCCAGCUCUGCUGCCCCCACAGCCAACCUGCUGCAGACCUGCGCUGCACUGCUCAUGUCACCGUACUGUGGCAUGCAUUCCCCCAACAUCGAGGCUGUGCUGGUUAAGAUCGGCCUUCAGUCCACAAGGAUUGGCCUGAAACUCAUCGACAUUCUGCUGAGGAACUGUGCUGCUUCUGGUACCGACCCGGCUAACUUGAACAGUCCUUUGCUGUUUGGGAGACUGAACGGCCUCUCCUCCGACUCCACCAUCGACAUCCUGUACCAGCUGGGGACCACACAGGAUCCUGGGACCAAAGAUCGGAUCCAGGCCCUCCUGCAGUGGGUCCAUGACUCCUCUCGAGUGGCGGCCCAUAAACUGAGUGUCCCGAUAGGAUACGCCGGUGCUGGCUCCUCCUCUUCCUCCUCGAGGGAGUAUGGCCUCCUGAUGCCGUCCCCAUCCCACCUCCACUGCGUGGCGGCCAUCUUGUGGCACAGCUACGAGCUGCCUGUGGACUACGACCUCCCGGGUCUCCUCAACAGAGACCUCUUUGAGCUGCUGUACAGCUGGUCCAUGUCUCUGCCGUGUAACAUCGUCCUGAAGAAGGCUGUGGACAGCUUGUUGUGUUCCAUGUGUCACAUCCACCCCAGCUACUUCGCUCUGCUCAUGUCCUGGAUGGGGAUCGUCUCUGCGCCCAGCGCCACGCACUCUCAAGCACAGCAGCGCCGCCUCGCCAUGACGGACGAUGGCAAAAAGCAGCAUGAUGCCAACGCUAAUGCUGCAGGACUCACAGAUGACUCCAAGCAUGCCAGACCUCCGGUUAAUCUGUCAGAGUCUCAGCUGACCACCCUGGCUGCCGCUUCCCAGUCUCCCGGGGCGAUAGAGCAGCUACUGGACUCGGGCCUGCCCUCCCUGCUGGUCCGAAGCCUGGUUCAGUUCUGCGUUGGCCUCCUGGUCAGCGCCGACCUUCCUCUGCCUGCCGCCCAGGCCGAGAGGCGGCACCACCACUACCACUCGCCCUCCUCCCAGAGCCGCCGUCCUCUGGCUGCAGAGCUGGCUGCUCCGGUUCUCCAGUUCCUCACUGAGGUCGGAAACAGUCACAUGAUGAAGGACUGGCUGGGAGGACCGGAGGUGUACCCUCUGUGGACGGCGCUGCUCUUCCUGCUUUGCCACUCCAGCGCCAGCACCAGUGCUGGUUCAAACGCCGGUCAGCCACCGGGAGCCGGAUCUGCUGCCGGCCCCCCUCCCCCCCAGAGCCAGCCUUCAGGCUCCCGCUUCUCCCUGCUGUCUUCAGGAGACGCGGGAGGCCUGACCACACAGCAGAGGACGGCUCUGGAGAACACCACCGUGGCCUUUUUCCUCCAGUGCAUCUCAUGUCAUCCUAACAACCAGCGGCUCAUGGCUCAGGUUCUCUGUGAACUCUUCCAGUCCGCUCCUCAGCGGGGGAACGUCCCCGUCUCCAGGAACAUCUCAGGAUUCAUUCGAAGGCUUUUUCUGCAGCUGAUGCUGGAGGAUGAGAAGGUCACAGUCUUCCUUCAGUCUCCCUGUCCGUUGUAUAAAGGACGCAUAAACGCCACCAGUCACAUGAUCCAGCACCCCAUGUACGGCGCGGGCCACAAGUACCGCACCCUCCACCUGCCCAUCUCCACCUCACUGGCUGAAGUCCUGGACCGCGUUUCAGACACGCCCAGCAUCACCGCUAAGCUGAUCAGUGAGCAGAAGGAGGACAAGGAGAAGAAGAACCAUGAGGAGAAGGAGAAGAUGAAAGCAGACAGUGGUUUCCAGGACAACUACAGUGUUGUUGUCGCCACAGGUCUGAAGUCCCAGUCCAAACGAGCUCUUUCAACACCACCCCGACCCCCGUCAAGAAGGGGACGCGUCAUGAGUGACAAGCUGACGGCUUCGUCAGGCGUGGACCCCUCGGCGAAGACCAUCAGCGUUCCCGUCUUCCACCUCUAUCACAAGCUGCUCCCAGGUCAGCCCCUCCCCCCCGAGAUGACCCUGGCUCAACUGCUGACGCUCCUGUACGACCGCAAGCUGCCACAGGGCUACCAGUCCAUCAACCUGACGGUCAAACUGGGAUCCAAGGUCAUCUCCGACCCGGGCCUGUCCAAGACGGACUCCUUCAAGAGGCUUCGCACAGAGAAAGUCGACCACUGUGACUUGCUGAACAGCUGUCCUGAGGACGAACCCAUGGCGGCCGGUGAUGAAUGUCUGGAGGCCGCCACAGACGAGUCCCUGCUUGAGACGAGUCCAAUCCAGUCUCCGCUGCAGGUCUUUGCUGGGAUGGGCGGUCUGGCCCUCAUUGCAGAGAGGCUGCCGAUGCUCUACCCCGACGUCAUUCAGCAGGUGACCUUCAGCCUCAGAUUGCUGCUGUCCUCGGCUCAGAGCGGUUUUAAUUCUCCGGGCUGUUCACAGGUCAGUGCUCCCGUGGUUCCCUCUGCCACGCAGGAGAAGCCCAAGGACAGCGACCAGUUUGAGUGGGUCACCAUCGAGCAGUCGGGCGAGCUGGUGUACGAGGCUCCAGAGUCUGUUGCUGCCGAGCCACCUCCUGUCAACAAGCAGCAGUCCCAGUCCUCUCCCUCGUCCUCCUCCUCAGUGCAGACCAUGUCUCCCAUCCCUGCCCACUCGCUGGCUGCUUUCGGCCUCUUCCUUCGCCUGCCGGGGUAUGCUGAGGUGCUGCUGAAGGAGAGGAAGCACGCCCAGUGUCUGCUGCGCCUGGUGCUGGGUGUGACGGACGACGGAGAGGGCAGUCACAUUCUGCAGUCUCCAUCAGCCAACGUCCUGCCCACGCUGCCGUUCCACGUCCUCCGAGCUUUGUUCAGCAGCACUCCUCUCACCACAGACGACGGCGUGCUGCUGCGUCGCAUGGCUCUGGAGAUCGGAGCCAUCCACCUCAUCCUGGCCUGUCUGUCGGCGCUCAGCCACCACGCCCCCCGCAACCCCAAUGCCACCAACAGCGUCUCAGAGCAGCAGAUGUCCAGCUGUCACAGUGGGGGGACCAGUGAGGAGCAGCAGCUGUACUGGGCUAAAGGGACCGGGUUUGGGACCGGAUCCACUGCGUCGGGCUGGGACGUUGAACAGGCUCUCACCAAGCAGCGGCUGGAGGAGGAGCACGUCACCUGUCUGCUCCAGGUCUUGGCGAGCUACAUUAACCCAGCAGGCUCCAGCGGCGGCCACAGCUCUGACUGCUCCUCCUCAGACAGUCGAUCCCAGAACAGCUCGGCGCUACCGGCGGUGCUUCAGGAGCUGCUGAGCCAGUCCUGCCUCAUCCCCGCCAUGUCCUCCUACCUACGCAACGACUCGGUGCUAGACAUGGCGCGCCAUGUCCCGUUGUACCGAGCUCUACUGGAGCUGCUGAGGGCCAUUUCCACCUACACAGCUCUGGUCCCGCUGCUGCUGCCUCUGUCUGCGGACCCCGCCCAGGAGGAGGAAGAGGAGGACGAGGAGCAGUCGGAGGGACAGACCUCAGUAGGGAUGCUGUUGGCCAAGAUGAAGACGUGUGUGGACACAUACACAAACCGUCUCAGGUCAAAGAAAGAUAAAAGUAAAGGAGUGGUGAAAUCAGAAGGCUCUGACCCAGAACCUGAAGGUUUGACUCUGCUGGUUCCCGACAUCCAGAGAACUGCUGUGAUCGUCCACGUGGCUACCACCAGCCUACGUCAAGCCAACCAGGAGAGGAAGCUUGUUGAAUCUUCGAGGAAAGCGUCGAGCCGGCCGAAGCCGCUGUCCGUUCUUCGUUCUGUGGAGGAAAAAUAUGUUGCUGCCAUGAAGAAGCUCCAGUUUGACACCUUUGAAAUGGUUUCAGAAGACGAGGACGGAAAGCUGAUGUUUAAGGUCAACUACCACUACAUGUCUCAGGUGAAGAACGCCAGCGACACCAACAGUGCAGCCAGAUCCCGGCGCCUGGCCCAGGAGGCCGUGACCCUGUCCACCUCUCUGCCCCUUUCAUCCUCCUCCAGCGUCUUUGUCCGCUGUGACGAGGAGCGGCUGGACAUCAUGAAGGUUCUCAUCACCGGCCCCGCCGACACUCCCUACGCCAACGGCUGCUUUGAGUUUGAUGUGUAUUUUCCUCAAGACUACCCCAACUCUCCUCCACUGGUCAAUCUGGAGACCACAGGGGGUCACAGUGUGCGCUUCAACCCCAACCUGUACAACGACGGCAAGGUGUGUUUAAGUAUCCUGAACACCUGGCAUGGAAGACCCGAGGAAAAAUGGAACCCUCAGACCUCCAGCUUUCUACAGGUGUUGGUGUCAGUUCAGUCCCUCAUCCUUGUGGCCGAGCCGUACUUCAACGAGCCCGGGUACGAGCGCUCCCGUGGCACCCCCAGCGGCACCCAGAGUUCCCGGGAGUAUGACGGAAACAUCCGUCAGGCCACGGUCAAGUGGGCCAUGUUGGAGCAGAUUCGAAACCCGUCUCCCUGCUUCAAAGAGGUGAUCCACAAACAUUUCUACCUGAAGAGGACUGAGAUCAUGACUCAGUGUGAGGAGUGGAUCGCUGACAUCCAGCAGUACAGCAGUGACAAGCGGGUCGGCCGCACCAUGUCCCAUCAUGCCGCUGCGCUGAAGAGACACACGGCUCAGCUCAGAGAGGAGCUCCUGAAGCUGCCCUGCCCCGACGGCCUAGAGCCCGACGCCGACGAGUUCUCCGAGAAGAGCGCCUCCCUCAUCCUCAAAGAGCUGCCGGGUCCGGAUGCAGAGAAGCCCGGCAGCAGCCAGGACAGCCACUGCAGCGAGGGCCAGCUAUGAGACCCGCACCCCAGGCCCCGCCCCUCCCUCAUGAUUACUACUCUUUUAAGACUUGACGGCUGCAGAAGGCGAGCCGACUCUUUGUCCAUAUUUGUAUGUAAAGAUCUAAUUGCAGGAUAGCCGAUAACGAGAGGACGCGAGUUUCUGGACUUCGCUACGUCCACACAAACUUUUAUUUACCUGUAAAAGACUGUAAACAUUUUGUGCUUUUUCCAAUUGUGAGAUAACCACUGAUUGGUAUGUUAUUAAACUUGUUUAUGUAUACAUUAUGGCAGAGGAAAUGACAGAUUAUAUAAGGGAAACUACCUUCAGAGAAGAAUGUUUACUGAAUGUGUUGUGUGUUUUUGGGACUGUUGGCGUGAAGACGGUGAGGAUAUAUUGGUCAAUCAAUAAGCAGAUCAUUUAAAAUGGGUGAGUGAUUCAGAGAUGAACCUCCUUGCUGCCUUUGAUUUUCUGGGAUCAGAUCCACCUGAUUAAAGCUGAGACGGACAUUUUAAAUGCUAUGUUACCCCUUUCACAGGCUCCGAAUUAAAAGGCUUUACCAUACUCUUGAUAAA